AUGUUCUUUGUUAUUGUGGAUUCCACAUCAAAAUGGAUUGAAGCUUUUGUAAUGCAGAGGACUACAGGAACUGCGGUGAUUAAGGUGUUAAUGGAGAUAUUUGCUCGCUUCGGGUUGCCAAAAGAAGUGGUUUCAGACAAUGGACCGCCCUUCACGAGUCAGGAAGUGGAUCAGUUCAUGACACGGAGUGGAAUUAAACACACUUAUAGUGCACCAUACCAUCCCGCUUCAAACGGAGCCGCAGAGGGGGCUGUCAAGCUAUGUAAACGGGCUCUGCGGAAAGCCACCAAAGAAAAGGUAGACUUGGAUGUGGCAUUGCAGUCCUUUUUAUUUAACUACCGGAAUUGUCCACACAGUACCACAGGUGAGUCUCCAGCCAUGAUGUUACAGAAACGAGCUCUGCGCUGUAGGCUAGACUUACUUCAACCAGGCGCCACAGUCGAUCAACGAGUCCGGCAAGCUCAAGGCAAGCAGGUGGAAAGGUUCGCUAGCAAACCAUUAUAUCAAAUGAAGCAGGGAGAUCCAGUUUGGUUGCAGGAAUACAGCGGCCCCGAUAAAUGGGUGCCAGGAACAAUAUCGGAGGUAAAAGGAAACCGCAACUAUGUCGUGACAAGGGAAAACGGUACCACCAGUCAUAGGCAUACUGAUCAACUAAAGAAAAGAUUCAAAUAUUGUGUACCACUCGGGACCCAAUUUAAAAACAAGGAGGAUAUAGGUAUAGAAGUGCCACAGUCGGUCGAGCUUCCGACCCAGACCGCUCAGGACGCGCCCGCGGCGCCCGCACAGCCCGGCACCAGUACCGACCCGCCCGUUCAGGUUAAAAGUCAUGAGAGUAAAAGAGUUAGACGCCCGCCCGUCAGAUUUGGUUUUGAGAUAGAUUAA